CGCCACUAUGCGGUCAAGAGUGAAAGUCCCAAUCCCUGACCCACAUGUGGCCGGGGUAUUUUUAAAUCCAUAGAUAUUAAUUGUACAGUUCUGUGCAUUAAGGUGGAUCUAGUUUCUGUAUAUGUUGUGGAGUAGAUCGCUUGCUAUUUUAACAAUCAAGGGACACUGGUGUUAAAAAGGCUAGCUGCCUAGCUAGCCUUUCGGCUAAGAGCGAACUCAAACUGGAAGCAGCAGACACACUGAGCCAAAGAUGCCCAUAGGGCCUAGAAAGGGUGUGCAGAGUGUAGAGGAUGGGUCAGAAGAUGAUGAAAGUCAGCGCUGCCCUAUUUGCCUGAAUGCUCCCAGGCUGGCGGAGCGCGCUGUCCCUGACAGCUGCGGCCACUCCUACUGCUUCAGUUGUAUCCUGCGCUGGGCUCAGAUGGCGCAGGUCUGCCCAGUGGACCGCAGGCCAUUUAAUGCGAUCUGCAGACAGGACCCUUUACUGGGCUACAUCAAGAUUCCUGUAAAAACACCCAGUACAUCAACCACAGAUGUAUGCAGCUAUAAAGAUGGUGAAACAGGGAAAGGUUUUUCACUUGGUGUUGACUUCAGGGAGAGGAAAACAAAAAUUGGAGGAAACAAAAAAAGGCUCAUAUGUCAAACAUGUGAUGGAGACUCUUCAGUGCUGAAGAAGAAAAAGGUGAGAGAAGAAAUGUGCCGCUCACAGCUGCUUACUCAGCACAUUCAGCCUGGCCUGUCAGUCCAGCAGGGUCACACACUCAGCAUGCUGACCCAGAUUAUUGUACGGUCUGUGCCUGAGGAAGAAUCAGUGGAGGAUGAAUGGAGAUAUUGUCGAAGGAAAAUGACCGAGCACGAUUCACUGCCUGUUUCCAUACCAGCUUCUCCUACCCACCUGGCAAGUGUUCUCUCUAGGCAGUGUCCCCAUGCCCAUGGACUUCCCCAGCAACCCUACUUCAUGUCUACCUCUCCAUGUCCGCUGGGUUCUGGAUUCUCUGCUCUUUAUGGAAAGGUUUGUGCAGUAACAUGUCCCAAAGGCGAGGAGAGAAAAGGUAUGAGAGAGUCUGGAUCUAAAGGUGCCGCCAAACAAGCAGAGAAUCACACAGCUCAGCCUUCAUCCCGGCAAAGUUUUAGUGGGAGUGAGGAGCCUUUAUCCGUUCAGAAUCAGCUGUCUGACACGGGCUCCUCUUCCCCUGCUGGCAGCUCUUCAAAUGACACACAUGCUUCCACAAGCAAAGAAAGGCUGACUGGCAAACAGCAGAAGCCGGGGACCAAGAGGAAAGGACGCACAAAGAAGAAGGCUACCCGACGGGCAGUGCUUGAAAGCGAGGAGGAUGAGGAAGGAGAGGAGGAAGAACAGGAGAGUCAGGAAGAAGUGUCACAGGAGUUGUGGACAGACGAGGAGACCAAAGCAGAUCACAGGCCCAAUGAAGAAGACACAGGCAUAAGUGUAGAUGUAGACUCAGGUUGUGAAGGUGGUGACGGAGGUGAGCAGGAAAUGGACACUGAAGAUCUGCAGAAUGCAGCAGAAAGUGGACGUGUUUCGCCUUUGGCCAAACAAAAAUCGACAAAGAGAGAGAAUGUGGUCAAGCCAAAGGACAAUCAGAUAUCAUCUGAAGAGGAGCUAAAUACCUCUAGAGAGGGGGCACCCAGAGGAGAACCAACAGCAUCUUCUGAAAUGGAACACCAGUCCUCUCCUCUCUCUGAUGAGCACAUACAGGUACAGGAAUCUAGUGACUCCUCUGGCUCCUUAACUUUACAUCCUCAGGCCGAUUUGACUACUUCGCUGAACUUUUCAGACAGCAGUCUAAAACCACAGCCUGAAACUGUAGAGACAGGUGAGCAUGCAAAUGUAACAAAUGACCUCUCCAGAUCUCCCACGUCUAGAAGCAUCUCAUCUUAUCCUGCUGAAGACUGGUUGCUAAAAGGUCUAGACCCAUUAGGAGGCCCUGAGGCAGAGCAGAAGGACUCUCUGGACCCCAGUGACCAUCAGGAUAACACUGAUUCCAUCCCAAUGGACUGUGACUCACCUGUCUCAGAGGCCACUUCCUAUGCUGCUGAGAUGCUGAUGGAGAGUAAUAAUUAUUCUCCUGCACCUCAGAUCUCUUCUGCUUCCCAACUCCUCACCCAGGACAAAGAGCAGAAGGACCAAGCCCUAGAGCACAAGCUGGAGCCUCCAAAGGAUCAUAGCAGCUCAGACAGAAGAGACGGAAGGCAGCGCAAGUCUCGUUUCCACUCACCCACAACCACCUGGUCUCCUAAGAGAGAGUCCAGAGCGGAAGGGUCACGGAGGUCACGGUCCAGGGAUCGAAGUCGCUGUGUGAGUUCACCACGCAAAAGUCGAGGGCACGAGCAUGAAAGGGAACGUGUCAGCUCCCGGCGGAACCGCAGCCGAGAACGACGGAGCAGGAGGCGAUCUCGAACUCGCUCCAGGUCCCGCUCCAGGUCCCGCUCCAGGUCCCGUUCCAGGUCCCGCUCCAGGUCUCGCAACAGGCCAAAAAGGAGAAGCUCAUCUCCAGAACGUGACAAUCAAGGUGCACAAUCACCACGGAAAAGGGACUCUCGGGGACGAGAGGGCUGGCGAGGUGGGCAUUCCUUCCACAAAUCCAGCUGGAGGAACAAUCCAGAGAGACAAAGUCAGUUUUCAGCAAGAGAGUCUCAUUCUUCAGGUAACGGCAGCCUUCAUGAGACUUCACCGGAUGGAGGUCACUCUGAAAAUCCACCCUGGGUAAAGGAAAGAUCGUGGGGUAAUGCCAACGGCAGAGAGAGAGAGCAGCGCUCGGAGGAGAGCUCCGCUGACGCUUCUGCAGACUCUUGGUCUCGGGGAGGUUGGACUUCUGAACAAGGGCGUGGUUCCGGACGUGGCCGGGCUGGUCAGUGGUCGUCCAGCCUGCAGGGGGAGUCGGCAGAUAACUGGCGACAGCAGCGCAACUUUUUCUCAGGGACAGCAAACAAUGCAGGGAGUGAUUCUUACAGUCGCUUUAAUGAGAACAGACCUGGAGGGAAAAGGAAAGAGACUGAGACCUUGGAUACACCACUGGACCGGUCAGGAUGGUCUCCUGCUUCCAGCUGGGCAGUGCGCCGGACUCUCCCUGCUGAUGUUCAGAACUACUACUCCCGAAGAGAGCGAGGGCCUGGCACAGGCGGCAGCAUCUGGAACAGACAGGAGGAGCAGCAGCCUGCAGCUGGUUUCUCCAAACCCACAGAUCUCCCGCAGAGUGAGCCGUGUACCCAUCUACCUAAUGAAGCAGUCCCAGCCCCACCCGCUGCUCUUCCCCACCCGCUCAGUGUGCUUGGGGUCCUGCGCUACCCACUGGGGCCUGUAGGUCCUCGGGCCCCAACUGUCGGCCUUCAGCCCGGCCAAUUCGCCAUGCCCCCUCAGAUACCUCUGCACCUGCAUCCGUCUGGGCCUCCUCUCCAGAUGCCGUCGUUGACCGUGCAGGGUCUGCCCCCUCCCCCACCCCCUCCACCCCCCGUCCAGCAGGGUGGGCUCACCGUCCUGCCAGCAGACAGUGUCCCUCAGGUGAUCACGAGUUUCCCCGCCCCAGGGAAAGGGCCACCGAAAGCAGCUUCAACCAAGGGAGCAGCAGGGCAGGCUCACCCCGGCAGCACACCCAGUGUGGCCCAGCCAUCCUCCACCACCCAGCCUCCAUCUCAUAGCAAGGCCCAUGCCGACAGCUCCAAGAAGGAGAAGAAAUUACAGAUUCAGGAAAGGGCCGUCAGUGAGGUGAAAGCAGCCAUUAAGCCAUAUUAUCAGAAAAAGGACAUCACCAAGGAGGAGUACAAGGAGAUCGUACGCAAAGCUGUAGAAAAAAUCUGCCACAGCAAGAGCGGAGAGGUAAACGCUGAUAAAGUGGCCAACCUUGUCAAAGCCUACGUUGACAAGUACAAGCACGUUCGCAAGAACAAAUCGGACAAAUCCUGAGGGGGUGGGGAGGGUUCUGCCGCUCACACAAGUGCAAUUCCUCCAAAGUGGCCUGUGCCACACAGGCCAGAGUGACUGGAGCUUCUUUUCAUAUUUUCAGACAAUAACAAUUUUCUAUAGAUUGCAUAUUUUUGGUUAAUUUGGAUUUCAAAUAGAGCAACUACCCUUUAAUUGAAUUUUGUUCUUGUUUCCCUUUUGAGGUGGGAAGGGACUACUGUAAACUUUAAUAAGUGUAUGUGCUGGGGGGUGGGCUCUGUACACUGUACUCUUGAUCUCUCGCCGUGUUCGAGGGCGGUGCCGGCAUUUUUCACUUUGUGCAGUAGCUGUAAGUGCUGUAAGAACUGACUGGUAUUUCUGGUUGUUUUCUCUCUCUGGACAUUAAUGAAGUAACAGCAUUCAAAAUUAAUCUUCGUUUUCCUUUUUAAGUACAUAGUGAUUCAAGUAAAUGUGCGUCGGCUCCGUUAUUCUGUUCAGCGUGGCGGGAGCUGGAGCUGGAUGUGUGUGUGAAUCAGAGACAGAGGACGCGGACAGCUUGUCAAUAUGAACUGCGCUGUUGGUGUAGACGCAGGUUAAAUCCCUAUACUGCUGUCUGUUCUGCACAACCAAUGUAUUUAUUUACGUCCCACAGCAAUGAAAUAAACAAGCUGUCUGUUAA